AUGAUGCGAUCGGGAGCGCGCGGCGGCGACGUGGAGGAGGAGGAGGACCGGAAGCCGGUGAUCAAGCCGGGCGUGCACGUGACGCUCAAGGUGCAGGACACGGAGGGGCGCAUGGUGGAGCGCACCAUGCGGAGGACGCAGAAGCUGCAGGUGGUCAUGGACGCCUACUACGCCACAGUGGCGAAGCUAUAA